AGCAUGUUGGCUCAGCAGGGCUCAGAGUAGCUGCUGGCAUGGACGUAGGGUCUCCUCCUGGAGGACGCGUGGCAUUGCCCGACAGGUGGGUGCGGCAAGCCCAAUGGCCGGAUUGGCAGCAUCCAGCGAACCAGGUGCCAUACAUGGCACAGGGCGUGCAGCAAGAUUUGCCGCGGAACCUUUGCAUCCAAUUGCGGCUGAGGCAGCACGUGGCUCCUUACCAACCUGGCCAUCACAUUGCCUACUGGUGCAGGUCACGACAAACGUGGACCCUUGGCUAUGUCCUGCGAGUGUUGCCACAAGGCCCCAUCCAGAUCUCCUGCAGGCCGCAUUGGGUCUCAGUGGCGGAGCAGCAUGCCUUGCUACGGCGAGUCCGGCAUACUGAACUGACUCCAGUUCCUGUGGCAGCGGCGCCGAUUUCCGCUCCCACUCCUGAUCGAGCUGCUCUCCUGGACUUGCCUCGUGUGGGCGACUUUGUUCGCUUCCACUGGCGAGGGGAUUGGACAAGGUGCACCGUGCAAAGCACGGGCCCUGGCGACACUGUCCAGAUUUCCUGGCAACCCUCAGGUGAGCCGUACCGGUAUACCGCCAGGGUGCGGUUGCAGCUGCUUCGGGCAGAUCAAAUCGAGGAUGUGGAAGUACAAGAGUUGAGGCAACUGGGCCAGCGACUGCAAGAAGCAACGCGGGAGAACCCGAUUCCAGACCACAAGAUUCCGCAGGCCUUGGAUGCCCUGGCGCUGCCUGGCUUGAGAACUCCUUUCCGUUUCGGGCUCCGAUCAUUGAAGAAGUUCUUGGGCUGCGGGCGGACUCCCGAACAUCAGGUCGCUGUGAGGAUCCAGUCGGCCAACCUGGAAGGUUUGCGGGCAGCCUUGGAGCGGAUCGGGGCACACACACCGGGGCUGGUGUGCAACGUCAAGGUGGGGCCUCCCGCGCGUCUGCGCGCGGGCAAAGUGCGCAGCAAGCACACGGAGGCCGCAGACGGCGGCCUAAGGCCAACUUGGCGAGGGGGUGACAUCGUAUACAAAGAAGAUGCCUCCGAGCUUGCCUUGUGCGUUCACAUUUGCGCCGGAUACAAUUCCUUCGGGCUGGUGAAGCAAUCGACAUUGCUGGCAGUUGCGGAAAUGGAAAUCCCACCUGGAAGGCACUGUCAUCGCCUACAGCUUUUCUCCACCCUGGAUUCCACUCAGCCAAGCUCUGGACCAUUAAUCCUCAGCUUGGAGACUACGAGGUUGCAAGUUCACCGGGGUAUCAAGUGUGCAUCAUGCAGGGUGAGUCCAAUUGUCGGCGACAGAUUCAAAUGCCUGGACUGCCGCAACGCUGACCUUUGUGCAGAUUGCUAUGCGGUGAGGGCAUCAGUUCAUGCAAAGCACGAGCUUGUGCUGGUUGACAAUGUCGACGUGCAGAGGUCGAGCAGACCCAUGAGCCAGCCCUUCCUGAGUGCAAGGUGCUUUCCACCCAGCGAGCCUGGACAUGUUUUUCAAGAAGCUUGCAUGCGCGAGCUGGCAGGCGACGAUGCCUUUAUACCGCUGUCACGCACGUCAAAUGUCUCCUUCGGUCUAGAUUGCGUGCCAGACGAUGAGAACCCCAGCAAUCUGCUUGUCGAGCACAUCCGCGCUGGCUCUGCUGCAGCUGCUUGGAAUCAGGAAGGAGCCUUAUCCGGAGGCAACUUCAUGUUAGUGGGGGAUGAGCUUCGCAGCGUCAAUGACAUCGAGGGCAGUGAGGCGAUGCUGCUGGAGCUGGGCCAAGCCCUGGAAGUUGUCUUGCGCAUUGCGCGGCCCACGCGGAGGGCGCGGGCGGUGCUGGAAGUGACCGGCUCGGACACGCAGGCUGCACUAGAUAUUCUCAUGGGCGAUUGUGCUGUGUCCGCGCUACACUUGAACAGCAAGCCGGAGGCGUGCACGAUUUGCGCGGAUCUUCAUGCACGUGGCGGGGCCCUGCGGCUGCGGCCCUGUGGCCACGGCUGGUUUUGCAAAGGAUGUCUUCAGCAAUGGGCCGCGGUGCAACUUGGAGAAGGAAGGAGCUCCAUUCACUGCCCGGUGCCGGAUUGCAGGCAUCCAAUCGGGCACCGUCAGCUACAAGCGGUGCUAUCAGUCUCUGACUUCGGCCGCUUUGUCCGGCGAUCGGUGGAGAAUUUGUGUUUGGCCGAUGAGUCGUUCAUCGCAUGCCCAACACCGGAUUGUCCUUACCGUGCCUGGAUCGGUGAUGACGACUUGUCGCGGCUGAUUUGUGAAAUAUGCCACAUGGAGUCCUGCAUUCGUUGUGGCGCCUCUCCUUUCCACCACGGCCUGAGCUGCGAAGAGGAGGCGCGGCGUCAAACGCUGCUCACCAGUGGCUUGCAGCGCCUGGUACCGCGUGUCCAAAGUUGCCUACGGCAGGCACUCUUUCGCAACUGUCCAGGCUGUGCUGUGCCGAUCGAGCGGCAAGAUGCCUGCUGCCAUAUGACUUGCUCCCAUUGCUCUACCGAAUUUAGCUGGGUGUGUGGAUGUUUGUAUGAUAUUUGUCGUACGGCGCACAACUGCAUGAGUGGGUCCAUCUAUUUGCACGAGAUCUUGGCGCCUGAGCUGAGACUGCGCCACCUGCCAGAAACGGACCAGAAUGCGAGCGACCUAUUCUUGGAACUUCGGGCGGCGCACUUGCUCGCACAGGUCCGGGCGGAGGUUGGAGACUUGACCUGGGAGACACUUCGCCAGCAGCACCCGGACUUGCUGCAAAACGUGAUCCGCGGAGCACGAAGCAUUCCCUGGGACAACACCGCUGUCCUUGCUCGCUUACAAAUAGCGCUGCCGCAUGCUUUCCCCUAGUUCACGUUCAUCUGUACAGAGAUGCAAUUCUUGCAGGAUAGCAUGAUGUGGACAGAAUUCAUGCCCAAGGUGCUCACGUGUGCUGACGGGCAUGUUAGCGCGACAUGGCUGACCCGGUCAGUACUGGAACAACAUCCAUGCUAAGCCAUGGCACUCCAACACUCCGUAUGCAAACAAAACACGCAUUAUGUGGCUGAGCAAUGAUGUUCCCUGAUGAAUGGAG